AUGGCAGCUGAUCCACCUCCUGCGGAGAGACUAUUAGGUGAUUACGGGGGAGAAAAUGCCCCGCCUGGAAGGAUGACAAUCGUGAAUCAACCAGUCAAUGUUGCCCACUUUCAACUUCACCCCUCAACGAUACGGCAACUAGAAAGGAGACCUUUCGCAGGAAAAAUUAACGAAGAUGCCAACAAGUAUUUGCAAAGGUUUCUGACUAUGACUACGUCGUUAAAGAUUGAGGGACAUUCUAAGGAAGCUAAAAAGCUGGUCAUGUUUCCGUUUACAUUGUCAGAAGAUGCUGAAGAGUGGUUCUACUGUUUACCUACUGGAAGCAUCACAACUUGGCAACAGAUGGAGACAACUUUUCUCAACGAGUACUUUCCGGCCUCUGUGUACAUCCGAAAGAGGUACGACAUAGUGAAUUUUAAACAGAAGGAAGGAGAGUCACUUGGAGAUGCGUAUAAGAGGUUCAAACAAUUGUUGAAUUUUGUGAAUGGUCUUCGGCUGAAGACUAAGCAACUCAUUGACACAGCAGCUGGUGGCUCAACCAACUUUACAACAGCCACUGGUAUUAAAAAGAUUAUCGAAGCCAUUGCAGCCAAUGAGCACUUGGAGUUGUAUGACCGCAGUGUUAGUCAACCCGAAGGGAUAAUUGACCUGAAAUUGGCAAGCCAAGUGGUGAAGAUGGAAGAUCAAAUAGAAGCUGAAGUAGAAAGGAGACUGAAGAAGAUGGCUAUUGAUACCCAAACUGUGGCACAGGUUCAACAGGUUCAACCAACUCAAACUAGUAAUUGCGAAAUUUGUGGAGGACCUCAUCUUACCGCACAUUGCUUUGCUACCGCACAACAAAUUGAGGAGAUCAAGUUUCUUAGGCAGAACAACCCUUAUUCAAACAGAUAUAAUCCGGGUUGGAAAAACCAUCCAAAUUUCUCAUGGAAGGAUCAACAAGGAAAUAUAGCACAACAACUAGCGGGUUCUCCACAACAGGGAGUUUUACCAAGUUCUACGGUUACUAAUCCAAGAGAAAAUUAUCAUGUGAAUGCGGUGGCCACCAGGAAUGGUAAGUCAAAAGAAAUACCUGAGAAGAGUUCUGAAGAAGAAGACUUAUUGCUUGAAGUUGAUCUAGAGAUAAAAGAAAAUGAGGUUGCAAAUGAAGAGGUCACUCAUGAUGAACGAGUGGUUAAAGAUAAAGUGAAUGAUCAAAAACCGGCCGUCAAACUGCCAUUCCCAACAAGAAAUAAGAAGAAAGGGCAGCAUGAGAAAAACUUUGAGAAGUUCUUGGAAAUGUUUAAAAAGCUUGAGCUAAACAUUCCUUUCUUGGAGGCGCUUGAGCAAAUGCCUACCUACGCAAAGUUCAUGAAAGACAUCAUCUCGAAGAAGCGGACCAUAGAAACUAACCCGAUUAUUCUAACGGAAACUUGUAAUGCCAUUUUGCAGGGUAUGAAGGUUCCGGUGAAAAAGAAGGAUCGAGGUUCUCUGACCAUUCCGUGUGCCAUUGGAGAUAGAUCCUUCAAGAAAGCUCUAAUUGGUUUGGGAGCGAGUGUAAAAUUCAAGAUACGAGAAUGA